AUGGUUCAUGAGAAACCCGAGGCCUGUGCUUGGAUGGCAGGUGGAGAAGGUGUCACUGAGGAGGGGGACAAUAAGCAGACUCCCAAUAUUGAAGGGGGCUCGGAUCUUGUUAUUGACGGGUCGAACCGUGAUCACCUUGCUGGUUCUAUGGCCAUUGAUCCAAGGAGACUGAGAUUCCUUUUCCAAAAGGAACUUAAGAACAGUGAUGUAAGCUCUCUGAGGAGAAUCAUACUCCCAAAGAAAGCAGCCGAGGCACACCUCCCUGCUCUUGAGUCCAAGGAGGGGAUUUUUAUCAGGAUGGAUGACUUAGAUGGUCUACAUGCUUGGAGCUUUAAGUACAGGUACUGGCCUAAUAACAAUAGUCGAAUGUAUGUGCUUGAAAACACUGGGGACUUCGUUAGCGCUCAUGGAUUAGAGUUAGGAGACUUCAUUAUGGUAUACCAAGAUAAUCAAAGUCAGAACUAUGUCAUCCAAGCUAAGAAGGCCUCGGACCAAAAUGUAUAUACUGAUAUAGCUAGAAAUGCUGUCAAUGACUUCGUUGUUCACGAUUAUGAAGUUAGCAAACUCAGCUCCUUUUAUGUGAACUAUCCUGUGGUUGACAACACAGGCUUGUCGUUUAUCUAUGACACCACUGCCUUCUCAAAUGACUCACCCCUUGAUUUUUUGGGUGGAUCAAUGACUAAUUUCUCAAGGAUUGGGAAUCUGGAAAGCUUCGGAUCUGUCGAGAACUUGUUUCUGGAUGACUUCUAUUAG